AGAGCGGUAAGACGCAGAUGUUUAACGUCCUUGGUUGAUGGGCCAGGAAGAGGAAGUGGUAACGUUUUUUUUUUAUUACGUUUCGCUAGUCGUCUGUGUCCUUACGAAAAUGCUAAACAUUCAUCAGAAAUCUAGUUGACAUUGGCUGGCGUCUGGAAGUCAUUCUCAACUGAAACUCUGUUUCUCAUUGUUUGUCUUUGCAUUUUCUCUUCUGUUAUGUGCAGUGGCUCUUUUGUUUAAGAGGUGAAUUUCGACUGACUUAACGGUGAAUGCGAUGGCGGUGAAUGGGCUGUUGCUAGGUCGUUUAAAUACUAGCGGAUUCUUACCGUGGGUUACGUCGGCGCUUCGAGUGUUUUCAAUCGUUGUGUUAAUAUCGCACGCGUACGGCCAAACCAACGAAUUAAACAAAAACAAUGGGAUUAUGUUACCCAACGUUCCUGAACGAAUCGUCAAAGCGGGUGACAAUGUAACAAUCACUUGCAUGUUUAUCCAUACCACAGAUAUCGAAUGGAUAUUACCGAAAGAUCCAUCUGCAGCGACCGGCAAACGGAUGGAACGAUUAGUACGUGAGGCAAUCUUUCAGAACGAUACCCUCGUUUCAUCGACGAUAACAUUGAGAAAGGCCACAGUAAAAGACACGGGAUUCUACGAAUGCUUUUUGCCUCAAUUUCCUGAGCUUCGAGUCAGACAAUAUAUCUACGUCUACAACCGCAGAGACCUCGUUUUCCUCAGUGACGAUCUGGGGAAAUUCACUUUGACGAAUGGAAAGAGAGCUGAGAUUCCCUGCAAACCGACUCAUCCGGACGUGCGCGUUUCACUCAAACGCUGGAAUAGUUUUACCGUUGAGCCAUUGUCAAAGGAAGAAACACAAAUUGAUUUGUUAUCAGGACCGAAUUGGACUCUGGAUGUGCAGAGCGGAUUGACGUUGGACAAGGCGACGUUAAACGACUAUGGCAGAUACGAAUGCGUUGGUAAACUGGGCAAUUCCACUUCAAAAGUAUUCUUCAAUAUCGUCAUGAAUGGAAUUGAACUGACAAGAAAUGGCAGUGAUCCAGUCCUGGAAGGAAGUAACGUCACUUUGAUCUGCCGGUCUUAUUUAGCUACCUCUUCGCCACAAUGGGCGUAUUACCAAACGAUAAACGGCACUGAGGAACUAAUCCCAAUCAACGAACAGGAGCCAUCCAAUUUCACUAUAGAUAUAGUGACGCAGAACAAGACGGCUCAAGGAGAGUUACCUUCGUUGCGUAAUUACAAGAGUUUGUUGGUAAUGACGAACAUCACCAACCGUUUCCCGACAAAGUUUCGAUGCACGGGACGUGCGGUCGGCGGUACCUCUGCGUUAUUUGCAAAUACGGCGCCAAUGCAUUCGUUCGCCAUCACAAAGCCACGAGUACCUUUUAUAGUCGACCCGGAGAAUGCAACAGUUUUGCUUGUCCUUGGACGCGAAACGAGUUUAAGGUGUGACGGCUAUGGAGUACCUGAGCCUACCUUUCAAUGGCUCAAGGAUGGCAAAGUGAUGGUGGAAGAUCAAUUGAUUUUAUCGACGGGCAAUUCGACAGUGUUGACUCUGCGAGGAACCACAGGUGAAAACGGUAGUUACGCUUGCCAACUGAGCAACAGUGUAGCCGAGAGCUACAAAUAUUUUGAUGUUAAAUUCGCCGACGAAUCUCAGAUAUCCAUCGCUUUGAUCAGCACGGUCGUCGUUGUGGUGGUCAUCCUGAUCGUGACGCUCGGCACAGGAAUCAAACUCUAUCAAGAUAAGAAGCAAAUAUUUUUCCCUGGUGCUGAAGCACUGCUCAGAGGAAAUGCAAGGGAAAUUGACCAACACCUAGGAUUGGAAGAACAAGUUGAGAUACUUCCAUACGACAAACAAUGGGAGUUUCCCAGACAUCGACUUAAACUCGGUGUGCAAUUGGGCGCCGGAUGUUUUGGCCGAGUGGUCAAGGCCCUAGCUAUUGGUCUUAAAGACUCUGAGGAAACUGUCAAAACAGUGGCAGUGAAGAUGGUGCGAUCGCAAACGAAUGCCACAGCCCUCGAAGCUCUGAUUAGCGAAUUGAAAAUUAUGAUUCAUCUGGGGUCGCAUUUGAAUGUCGUUAAUCUGCUGGGAGCUUGCACGAAAAGCAUCAUCAGAGGAGAGCUUUUGGUAAUCGUCGAGUAUUGCCGGUUUGGCAAUUUGCAAACGUAUUUGGUCGGACAUCGCAACACUUUCAUUAAUCAGGUGGACGAGUUGGGCAAUUUCGUGGCGGAUGCACAAAUGCAGGAGAUAUGCGACGUAUCGGGCAAGACGAUGGAAUCGAUGAACGAUUGCGUGGCUGUGAAUGUCGAUGAAAUCGAAAUGACACCUCAACAUUCAGCGAAUUUGGAAAACGAAUUUCUUGGGACUGAGGCAAAUCGCUCAAAUAAAGCUAGUGCCACUGAAGGUGAAUCCUAUCCUGACCGUUCCAUAAUUUCUCACUUGAUUAUUUUCGUUGUUGAACUGGUAGAACAAGGGGACGACGAACGGCCGCAAUCCAUGUGGGUUUGCCAAGAAGACCCCGAGACUCAAGCCUAUCAGUCAUCGGUUUGCACAGCCGAUUUGAUUUCAUGGGCUUUCCAAAUCGCGAGAGGCAUGGAUUAUUUGGCUAGCAAAAAGGUCGUUCAUGGCGAUUUGGCUGCUCGCAAUGUUUUGCUGGCCAACAACGGCGUGGUCAAAAUAGCCGAUUUUGGCAUGUCCCGCAAAAUGUAUUACAAGGGAAAUUACCAACAAUCGGGACAGGGUUUGAUGCCAGUCAAGUGGAUGGCAAUCGAAUCGCUGACAGACCGCGUUUUCUCAACUCGAUCUGACGUCUGGUCUUAUGGCGUUUUCGUCUGGGAACUGUUCACGCUCGGUAAAGUGCCAUAUCCAGGUAUGGAAGCUAAUCACGAGCUUAUAAAGCAACUGGAAAAGGGCUACCGAAUGGAGAAACCUGCUUUUGCGCCCAAUUACCUCGGAGAAAUAAUGGCAGGUUGCUGGAAAUUGGACCCGAAGGAGAGACCGACCUUCAGCCAAAUCGAAGAACUCAUUUGCGGCCAAAUGGAAUCGACUGUGUGCGCCAACUAUUUCAAUCUGUGUAAAACGAAUGAAAAUUUCAACCAAGAGAGAGUUGAUCCUCCGGCCAUUGAACCCUCCGGGCUUGUAAAACCGCCCGUCUGUGACGAUAUGCUGAAAGAAUCGAAACCGUUGCCCGUCUGUGACGAAAAGCAGAAAGAAUCGAAAUCGUUGCCCGUCAGUCGUGGCAAUAGUGUGAGUAUUUUCAGUCACCUCAAAAGAGGCUGGAGUUUAAACGAAUAUUUCAUUUGAGUUAUUUGUAGACUCGUUUGAAUUUAUGGCCCAUUUUAAAUUCACAUUGUGACUCCAUGGGUAUUUAACUAAUUCGCUGUGCCAUCCCAUUCGGUUGAAUAAUAUUUAAUCAUUUCUUUUUCUAAUUGGCCUGUACUGCAUAUUCUAACGUAUUCAUUUUUCAUUGUUCUUCCACCGUGUUCGACUAAAUUUUCAACUGUCGUCUGUUUUUUUAAAUACAAAGCCGA